AUGGAUUUUUUCGGAAAUCAGGACGGUCCAGGGGGAUUGUUCGCACAUCUAACACAAGGUCUCAGAGGCGGAUUCCCUCACGCAGCCCGCAACCCGCCUCGCGCUUUCGAUGAAUAUCUCAAGGCGUACAGCGUUGCGAUGCUCCCUGGCAAGCAAAGAGACAAUCUAUCCUACGGUGGCAAGAUAAUAAUGCCCCCUUCAGCCCUUGCGCAUCUCUCUAAUCUUGAAAUCGAGGGACCGUGGAUGUUCGAAUUGCGUAACCCCGCUAAUUCGGCCGCGUCCACACAUGCCGGCGUCUUGGAAUUCAUCGCUGAAGAAGGAGUCGUUCAUCUGCCGUAUUGGAUGAUGAAGACAUUGCGUCUGAACGAAGGCGAUCCGAUACGAAUCACUGGCACAGAACUUCCAAAAGGAAAGCUGGUUAAGCUGCAAGCACAAUCGGUACACUUCCUCGAAAUCUCAGAUCAUCGAGCAGUAUUGGAGCAAGCCUUGCGCAAUUUUACCGCGUUAACGCAGGGUGACAUCAUUGAGAUAUGUUACAACUCAAUCGUAUUUGGACUUCUGGUUAUGGAAACAACGCCUGGCGGUGGAGGCAUCAGCGUACUUGAUACCGAUCUAGAAGUCGACUUUGCUGCGCCCGUUGGGUACGUAGAACCCGAGCGACCCAAGACGCCACCUCCAGCUACAAUGGCAUCGAAAUUGAAGAUUGACCUCAACUCUUCAUCUCCCGGUUCAUCGCGACCAGGCUCAUCUCUCAGUGGUGGAUUUACCGGUGCGCACACGGGCGCACCAACACUCAGCAAAGGUGGAGAUCAAUGGGAAAGCUUCAAAGGGCGAGGCGAGACACUGGGGGGACGCAAAACUAAGGGAAGAGGUGUUAGCCAUCGUCAAAUCGAGCAGGUCGCAGAAGGCAGCAAAAUUAUACGAACAGACCAACAUCGUAUCGUUUCAAAUGGCACGUUUGAAGGCGAGGUUAAAGUUCCUGCUGCUCUCAAUCUUCCAUUCGGGCAAUUGUUCUUCGGAUUCAACGUCCCUCAGUCUGCGCCUCCACCACCUCCAGAGCAAAGCAACUCGUCGGAGCCUUCGUCGCAGCCUGCUUCUUUCCAAGGCCCGGGCAAUACUCUCACCGGGAGAGGCCCAUCCGCCGCAUCAACAUCGCAGGGUAAAGGGAAGGAGAAGGCUGUUGACAGCACAAGUCAUUCCUGGGGCAGUUCAGGACAAUCUCUCGGCGCAAGGACUCUGCAGAGCAACAACUCCUCCAGAGUCAACAACGCACCUCCUUCUAAGAAGGCGAAGGCGAAGCAACGAAGCCCUUCGCCUGAACAUGACUGGGGCGUGGAUGACGAUGAUGUGAUCAUGAUUGACAGCGAUUGA